CUGUGUAAAAGGUCACAAGUAAGUAAUUGGAGAUUCGUCACUUCACUCACACAGUGUAAAAUAAAAUCUGUAUUGUUUUGUAAUCUCACUCGCUCGCUAAUGUUCCAAAUUUCAGAUAUUUUAAUAACAAUCAAUUAAUGAGGGCUUUCUUAUCAAGUUAUUCGUUCGGAUGCCAAUUUAUGAGAAAGUUGGUCGUUUUAACUUAGAGUUUAUUGGAGAAGGGCAAGUUUUUUUUGAAGGUGGGGUCCAUCAAAGGAAGGGAAAGCAAAUUUUAGUUAAGUUUAUCGUCCAGUCCUCCGUCACUUAAUGAUCAAGAUGGAGAAAAUGGAAAUGCCCUCAAUGAUGAACUCGGUGUGUCCGAUGACUCCGAUGGGGGUGAAGGGUCGUCGAAGUGGUGGUGGUGGAGGAGGAGGAGGUGGUGGUGGAACACCUGAUCUCGCAUCAUUCUUUGAGUGCCCAGUUUGCUUUGAUUAUGUACUGCCCCCAAUAUUUCAGUGCUCAGCUGGUCAUCUUGUGUGCUCUGCGUGUAGACCCAAAUUAACUUGUUGUCCGACGUGCCGUGGUCCUCUGGCUGAUAUCAGAAAUCUAGCGAUGGAGAAAGUCGCAGGCACAGUCCUCUUUCCAUGUAAGUACUCAUCCAAUGGAUGUGGAUCUUUACUGCUGCACACCGAGAAACCUGAUCACGAAGAUGCGUGUGAACAUCGUCCCUAUUUUUGCCCAUGUCCCGGAACCAAUUGCAAAUGGCAAGGAACAUUAGAACAAGUUAUGCCACAUCUUCUCAUCCAACACAAGUCAAUUACAACCCUUCAAGGUGAAGACAUCGUAUUCUUAGCUACAGACAUCAAUUUACCUGGGGCUGUUGACUGGGUUAUGAUGCAAUCCUGUUUUGGCUGCAACUUUAUGUUAGUCCUAGAAAAGCAAGAAAAAAAUGGCGGAGAACAAUUUUUCGCAAUUGUCCAACUCAUUGGAUCUCGAAAGCAAACUGAGAAGUUUGCGUAUAGGCUGGAACUUAAUGGACACAGACGCCGACUGAUUUGGGAAGCGACGCCCCAUACGAUUCACGAUGGAGUUUCAUCAGCCAUUCUCAAUUCUGAUUGCUUAUUCUUUGACACUAACACUGCAAAGUUAUUCUCAGAGAACGGUAAUCUUGGAAUUAAUGUGACCAUCUCAAUGGUUUGUGGAAAGUAAAUGUAUAAUAAUGAUCCCGAUAGAUUAUAUUAUACACUACUAAAAUUAAUUAAUUAGCAAAUUCCGUUGGAUGCUAGUUUAAAAUAUCGCUAUAGUCAUUUGCAAUUUGCAUGCAAUUGUUUCUUAUUAUGUAUUUAAAAGCUAAUUUGAAAAGACUAUGUAUUACACUACGUAUAUUAUUUAUAAUAAUUCAUUUCGCAAAUCAUUUUGUAUCUCUACCAUUCUCGUUUUUUGGUAGAUAAAUAAUAAUUCGUUCGUUUGUCUUCUCGGUCUUUGUCUCAUCAUAUUUUCACAUUGACGUCGUGUACUAUUAUGUUGGUACCCAUUCCAGAUGAAAGAAAAAAUGAUCAUUUUUAAAUAAAUAUCAUGUAAUCUCUCUUGUGCAAGUUUUGACUUUGAUUCAAUCAUCAAUUCAAUUAAAGAAAUGUUCAAACAUAUGUGAAACAUUAAAUAAAAGUAUUAUUUUCAAUCUA